GGCGCUCCCGCUCACCCUGCCCUGCCCACGGCGGCCACGAUGGAGCCUCUGUUCCCAGCCUCCCCACUGACCAGCUGGAAUGCCUCCUCGGCAGCCACAGGCAGCGGCGGCGAGAAUGGGACGCUGGCGGGGCUGGUGCCCUCACCGGGCGCCCGGGCGGUGGUCGUGCCCGUGCUCUACCUGCUGGUGUGCACAGUGGGGCUGGGCGGCAAUGCGCUGGUCAUCUACGUGGUGCUGCGCCACGCCAAGAUGAAGACAGUCACCAACAUCUACAUCCUCAACCUGGCCGUGGCCGACGUGCUCCUCAUGCUGGGGCUGCCCUUCGUGGCCACGCAGAACGCCAUCUCCUACUGGCCCUUUGGCCCCGUGCUCUGCCGCCUGGUCAUGACUCUGGACGGCAUCAACCAGUUCACCAGCAUCUUCUGCCUGACUGUCAUGAGCGUGGACCGCUACCUGGCCGUGGUCCACCCCAUCCGCUCUGCCCGCUGGCGCCGCCCUCGGGUGGCCAAGCUGGCCAGCGCCGCGGUCUGGGCCUUCUCUCUGGUCAUGUCACUGCCGCUGGUGGUGUUUGCGGACAUCCAGGAGGGGUGGAACACCUGCAACCUCAGCUGGCCGGAGCCUGUGGGCCUGUGGGGCGCCAUCUUCAUCAUCUACACGUCCGUGCUAGGCUUCUUUGGGCCGCUGCUGGUCAUCUGCCUGUGCUACCUGCUCAUCGUGGUGAAGCUGAAGGCGUCGGGCAUGCGCGUGGGCUCCACGCGGCGGCGCUCAGAGCGCAAGGUGACCCGCAUGGUGGUGGUGGUGGUGCUGGUGUUCGUGGGCUGCUGGCUGCCCUUCUUCAUCGUCAACAUCGUCAACCUGGCCUUUGUGCUGCCCGAGGAGCCCGCCUCCGCCGGCGCCUACUUCUUUGUGGUCGUGCUGUCCUAUGCCAACAGCUGCGCCAACCCCUUGCUCUACGGCUUCCUCUCCGACAACUUCCGCCAGAGCUUCCGGAAGGUUCUGUGCCUCCGCAAGAGCUACGGCACUGAGGACGCGGAUGCCACGGAGCCGCGGCCGGGCCAGAGCAGCCGGCUGCAGGAGGCCAUGCUGCCCACACGCAGCUGCAAGGCCAACGGGCUCAUGCAGACCAGCAAGCUGUGAGCGCGGAGGCCGCGGGAGGGGACCCCGGGA